ACGCAGCGAGUAUGUGUGCGUGCGUAUGGGGAGGGAAGUAUAUAAGCCGCCGUUAAGUCGGUUCGAAUUGGAGUGAAGGAGCGGUUAGAAAGGGUGAGGAGUGGCAGGGAAGCUGGAACUGCUAUGGCGCGGAAUGCGGGUGGGGUGUGCCCGUAUUUCUUGCGGGGCAACUGCCGCUUCGGAGAGCGGUGUUGGAACGAGCACCCGCGGUACGGGAGGCCCAGUCAGGCCUUGCCUCAGAGUUCAGGUGCCAAUGACAAUGUCGGUACCGAUGGCGUUAAGGAUGAGGAGGAAAAACUCUUAGAAAUAAUCGUGAAAGACAUGGAGAUAUGGGAAUCGUCAGGACAAUGGAUGUUUUCCACUUACUCACCAAUGAAAGACAAGCCUAAUAUUUCAGGGUUCCAAGACUUUUUACCGGAAGAGUUACGUCUUGAAUAUUAUAAUUGCCAAGCAAACAAUGCUGUUCAGAAUUAUAUCAAUUCAAUCCAGCAGUUAUUAACCCAGUGGAGAAGUAGAUUGCAUGAGCUGAAGAAUAUAAAUGCAUCUAAUAAAACCAGACUGAUUGCAGAAUUGAAGAAUGUAGCUGCCCAACCACAGCCUGCAUUUGGGUUUGGGGUACAGCAGCUACCAGCCUUUGGAACAUCCACCUUCCCUGUGGAUAAUCAAAACAGUACUCAAGCCUUCUCUUUUAAAUCAACUCCUGAACUAAGUAAUGUCCCACCUAGAAGUACACCUGCCUUUGGGAACCUUACUAGCAUUCAAGGGGCCACCGUCCCUCUUGCAUCCAAUUCUGUUGGCUUCAGGAAUCCAGCAGCUUCAGCAGCAGCACCUUCCUUUUCAUUUAAGGCCACAGCAGCAUCUGAUGGUUUUGGAGUUCCUGGCUUUUCAAACUUUGGGAAAUCUUUUCCUUCAAGUUCUUCGGACACAGCACCUGCUUUGGGAUUUGGGACGGCCGCUGUCCCCUCUGCUAUGGAUUCAGGGAACUCGCUGUUUGGGCAGACACCAAGUGCCUUUGGCAGCCAGGCCGCAUCGACACCCCCAGAAAUCCCAACUACCGUUUCUUCAGGAAAGCAAUUCACACCAAUGAAUGAGCUCUCUGAGGAAGAACUGAAACAAUUCAAAGCCAAAAAAUUCACUCUAGGAAACAUUCCCUUAAAGCCUCCACCUCUCGAACUUUUAAGUAACGGCUUAAGUAACGUUGCUUUUAAGUAACGGCUACCUACACUGUUUUAAAUCAGAUGCACAAACAGUAAUCCUUCAAAAGAUAUUUAUCUAUCUCAAGCGUUGGUGUAGAAAAUUAAUUUCUACUAAUGAAAGAUCUAUUCAAUUUGGUUGUGGUAUGGGCAUUGAAGUCCUUGAAGAUUGCAUAGCACAAUACAGUUUUGCAAUAAACAUAGAGCAAAGCACA